UCAGAUAAGAUGCUGACUAAUUUACUCUGCAUCACAGAAAAAAACUCAUAAUACAACCAAAUAUAACACAUCGUUAUAUUCCACAUAUACCAUAUCUAUUAUUUGCUACAAAAUCUUUACAAGCUGAAAAAGAUAGUGAACAGAUGGCUCAAGCAAUGGCAUCAAUGGCUGGUCUACUUGGUUCCUCUCAAGCUGUCUUGGAAGGUAGCCUUCAGCUCAGUGGCUCAAGAACCUUAAGUGUGGCUAGCAACAACAGGGCGAAUGUGGCUCGACCAGGGUUCAGUGUCAGAGCACAGCAAGUGUCGUUUGAGUCCGAGGCUAGCCGUCGCGCUGUCCUGGGUCUUGUGGCUCUUGGUUUGGGUGUUGGUUCUUUUGCCAAGGAUGGGCUAGCUGCUGCAAGUUCAAUCAAAGUUGGACCACCUCCUCCUCCCUCGGGCGGUUUGCCUGGAACUGACAACUCAGAUGAGGCCAGAGACCUUGACAUACCACUGAAAAAGCGUUUUUACCUGCAACCAUUGCCACCAACUGAGGCAGCCGCGAGGGCAAAGGAUUCAGCCAAGGAUAUUUUAAAUGUCAAGGAGCUUAUCGACAAGAAGGCGUGGCCAUAUGUUCAAAAUGAUCUUCGUUCCAAGGCUUCUUAUCUGCGUUAUGAUCUAAACACUAUCAUUUCUGCAAAGCCAAAAGACGAGAAGACAUCACUCAAAGAACUCACAGGAAAGCUCUUCCAAGUUAUUAAUGAUUUGGACUAUGCAGCCAAGACUAAGAGCACUCCUAAAGCAGAGAAGGCCUAUGCUGAAACUGUGACCGCACUCAAUGAUGUUCUUGCAAAGCUUGGUUAGAAAACCUUCAUGUAUCAUGAUACAAGAUUUAUGUGUUAAUUGUUCAAAGCGUUCUUCGUUUUGCUUUUGAGAGAAUCAAACGGAAGAUCAUUAACAUGUGUUGUUUUUGGAAUGUGAUUAAAAAAAAAAGACUCCAUAUCUCUGUGUCA